AUGGACUCAAAUUCUAGUGAGCCUAUCGCCGUCGUCGGCAGUGCGUGCCGCUUCCCAGGAGGCUGCAACUCCCCCUCUGAGCUCUGGAAGCUCCUUGAGAAGCCGCGGGACGUUCUGAAAAGGAUUCCUAAGGAGAGGUUCAACAUCGACGCGUUCUACCACGCUGAUCCCACACAUCAUGGCACCACCAAUGUUCAGCACUCAUACCUGUUGGACGAUGACCCGUCCAAGUUCGACGCUUCCUUCUUUAACAUCCCUCCCAAAGAAGCUGAGAGUAUAGACCCGCAGCAGAGACUGCUGAUGGAGACGGUCUAUGACUCGCUCUGCUCCGCUGGCCUGCCCAUGGAAGACCUACAGGGCACCAAGACUGCCGUCUACGUCGGUAUGAUGUGCGAUGACUGGUCGGCCAUGGUGCAGAAGGACAUCGAUGCCCUUCCCAUGUAUGCGGGGACAGGCACGGCGAGGAGCAUAGUGUCCAACCGCCUGUCGUACUUUUUUGACUGGCACGGUCCUUCCAUGACCAUUGAUACGGCGUGUUCCUCCAGCUUGGUGGCUGUCCACGAAGCUGUGAGGGUUCUCCGUAGCCGAGAGUCCAAUGUUGCUAUUGCUGCUGGCACCAAUCUUAUCCUCAGUCCUGGUCAGUUUGCUGCCGAGAGUAACCUACGCAUGCUGUCGCCCACUGGACGAUCACGUAUGUGGGAUGCAUCAGCGAAUGGAUACGCCCGCGGUGAGGGUGUUGCAUCCAUUGUGCUCAAGACACUUAGCCAAGCUAUCGCCGAUGGUGACACCAUUGAGUGUAUCAUCCGUGAAACUGGUGUUAACCAGGAUGGCCGUACCUCAGGUAUCACGGUCCCGAGUAACGUUGCCCAGACAAAUCUCAUCAGGGACACGUACUCAAGGGCUGGACUCGACCUGAGCAAGCCAGCCGAUCGUCCUCAAUUCUUCCACGCCCAUGGCACAGGCACCAAGGCUGGCGACCCUCAGGAGGCCGAGGCCAUUCACAACGCCUUCUUCAAAGAUGGAGCAGUCGCUGGGGAUAAGCUAUAUGUUGGGUCUAUCAAGACGAUUAUUGGCCACACAGAGGGAACUGCGGGACUAGCAAGCUUGAUUGGAACAUCACUUGCACUCCGCCAUGGCACCGUCCCUCCAAACAUGCAUUUUGAGCAGCUCAAUGCCGACAUCAUCCCCUUCUACACACAUCUUGAAGUGCCUGUCACUGCUACUCCUUGGCCUAAGCUGGCCACUGGAGGCGUUCGUCGCGCCAGCAUCAACAGCUUUGGCUUUGGUGGAACCAAUGCUCAUGCUAUUAUUGAGGCAUACUCCCCAGAGGACUCAGCAGCCUCAACAACAGAACCUCUCCUAUCUACCCCUCUUGUCUUCUCAGCCGCCUCGACUGCCUCGCUGAGAGCUACCUUGUCGGAUUAUCUCGAUGUCCUUACGCAUAACACGCAGGUUCCUUUGAAGGAUCUGGCGUGGACCCUCCAACACCGUCGUUCUGUGUUACCGUAUCGCAAAGCUAUCGCGGGACUUGGUGCAGACGAUAUCUGCCAAGGCAUCAAAAGUGCUCUCGACGACGAGUCUGACUGCAAAUUUGGUAACUUGCAAGCGCCCAACAUCCUAGGAAUCUUCACGGGCCAAGGUGCACAGUGGCCUCGUAUGGGAGCUGCUCUUCUCGAGUCCUCAGCACUGGCUCAACAUACCAUCAAUGAGCUCGAUGAGUCACUCGCCUCCCUGCCAGAGCAGGAUCGUCCACAGUGGACUAUCCGUGAACAGCUUCUCGCCUCAGCAGAGACAUCCCGCAUCACUGAGGCGGCUCUCUCGCAGCCACUUUGUACGGCGGUACAAAUUAUCCUAGUGAAGCUUCUAGAUGCGGCCGGUGUUACUUUCAAUGCUGUUGUUGGCCAUUCGUCUGGUGAGAUUGGUGCCGCAUACGCAGCAGGCCUGCUAUCUGCCCAUGACGCUAUCCGUAUUGCCUACUACCGAGGUCUGCAUGCUAAGCUCGCUGGGUCGACCAACGGGAAGAAAGGCGCUAUGGCAGCAGUGGGAAUCUCGACCGAGGAGGCAGAAGAGCUCUGUGGGCGUGAUGAGUUUCGUGGUCGCUUGUCUAUCGCCGCCCAGAACUCAUCGUCAAGCUUGACAUUGUCUGGUGACGAGGACGCAGUCGAGGAGGCGGUUGAGCUACUCAAGAGCCAGAACCAGUUUGCUCGACGUCUUAAGGUAGACACAGCGUACCAUUCGCAUCAUAUGCAGGCGUGCUCUGGCGCAUACAGGGACUCGCUGGCGAGUUGCAACAUCAAGACACUUCAUCCCGAGGAUCGUCCUGAGUGGUGGUCAAGUGUUUCUGCAGGAUCUCUUAUGACCUCAGACUCGCUCACAGACGAAUACUGGGUGCAGAAUAUGGUUCAGCCUGUGUUAUUCUCAUCUGCUGUUACUGCAGCCUGCUCUGCCAUGGGAUCAUACGACCUUGCAAUCGAGGUUGGACCCCAUCCAGCGCUCAAAGGGCCAGCAUCAGAAGUCAUAAACCAGCUUGGCAUCAACCCUCCUUACACUGGCCUCCUCAGCCGUGGGAAGCACGACGGACUAGAGCUGUCCAAGGCCUUGGGAUUCAUCUGGAGCAAUUUGGGAUCUGGGUCUGUGAACUUUGAUGCGUUCGACAGGGCCUUCCAUGGACAGAAGGACAUUGUCCGCACCGUUGUCAAAGAUCUGCCACUUUACCACUUCAACCACCAAAACUCGUAUUGGUUCGAGUCACGAUCCUCUGCAGCGCAGAAAUGGUCAAGAUCUCCUCCCAACCCAGUCCUCGGUAUGCGUAACGUCCUAAGCUCGACCACCCGCGAGGUGCAAUGGAGGAAUCUGCUCCGUCCCAAGGAGAUUGCGUGGAUGUCUGGCCAUCGCCUGCAGGAUCAGAUUGUCUUUCCCGCCACGGGAUAUGUGGCUAUGGCCCUUGAGGCAAUGCGAGCUCUUGCUGGUGAUAGAGAUGUCGCCAAGUAUCACAUCAGCGAUCUUACUCUUGAGCGAGCCAUGGCAUUCCCGGAUGAUAAUGCCAGCGUGGAGACUGUUUUCAACGUCACUAUUCAGCAGUCCAGCGACUCCCAUAUCGUCGCUGCCUUUAGUUGCCACUCCUGCGCUGAAGGAGAUCAGUCUUUGACGGCAAACGCCAAGGGCUUCGUGGAGAUUGUCCUUGCUGAACCGGCUGCAAACACUCUUCCUCGUGAGUCUUCAGGCAGCAACAAGUUCAACCUUGUUGAUGUUAAGAUCGACCACUUCUACUCCACACUGGCGAACCUGGGCUACCAGUACUCGGAGCCUUUCAAGGGUAUCACUGAUAUUAAGCGACGAUAUGGCUUUGCCACGGGUAGCUUGCAAGACCAGUCUAGAUCAGAGUGGGAGGACAAGCUAGUCGUCCACCCUGGUGUGCUCGACACUGCUUUGCAGACUCUGUUUGCCGCCUUUAGCUACCCUGGUGACGAGAGCCUGCGUUCCCUACAUGUGCCAGUCACGGUUCAGUCGCUAGUGAUCAAUCCCUACUUCUGCCAGGGAGAUAAAAAGGGUCGAGCCGGUAUUCCCUGGGAAACUGUUGUCCGUGAUGAGGAAAAGGGCUUUAUCAUGGCUGAUCUCUCAUUGCUAUCAGAGGAUGGCGACCACACAUUCAUCCAGAUUGAGGGCAUCAGCUUGAAGCCGCUCACUCCAGCGACUGCUCGGGAUGAUGUGACAUUGUUCUCCAACUUCAAGUACGACCGCACCGUGCCUAACGGUGAGCUUGCGGCAGCCGGUGAUAAGCUCAGUGAUGAGGAGCUCAAGGUGGCCAAGGACAUGGAGAGAAUUGCGUUUUACUACCUUCGCCAAGUCGCCGAAAUGUCUCAAGAGGACGUCGACAAUGCUCUGGACCACCACAAGAGCCUAAUUGCAUGGGGUCGCUACACCGUCGAUAAGGUCCGCAGCGGUACAUAUUCCUUCGUAGAGAAGGAUUGGCUGCUGGAUGAUCAAGACACCAUCCUGAAACUGACCGACAAGCACCGCGAACGUGUGGACGCUCUUCUCAUCGAGUCUACAGGCCAGAACCUCCCUUCUACCAUCCGCUCUCAAUCAGGUAUCUUGGAGCACAUGACCAAGGAUGGCCUGCUCAACCGCUUCUACGAAGAAGGAAUUGGUCUGAGAGUGGCCAACUGGUGGAUCGCCAAGAUGGCUCGGCAAAUCAGCCAUCGCUACCCUCACAUGAAGGUCCUCGAAGUCGGUGCUGGCACAGGUGGUUCCACCCAAGCUAUCCUUCCUAUGCUUGGCUCAUCGUUUACCUCGUAUACCUACACCGAUGUGUCGAGUGGUUUCUUCGACUCAGCCAAGGCUAAGUUUCAUGAAUACGCAGACCGCAUGGAUUUCAAGGUCUUUGAUAUGUCCAAGCAUCCCAAGGACCAGCGGUUUGAACAAGGUUCGUAUGACUUGAUUGUUGCCUCCAACGUCCUCCACGUCGCUGAAGACUUGGACAACAUGAUGUCUAACGUGCGCUGGCUGCUGAAACCUGGUGGUUGGCUUGUUAAUCUCGAGACGGUUACCAACGACAUGCUCCGUAACGGUAUCAUUAUGGGCGGUCUGCCUGGAUGGUGGAUUGCUGCUCAUAGUGGCCGUCCUCACGGUCCAAUGCUGACUCUCGAUGCAUGGAACGAGCUGGUCCAGCGCUGUGGCUUCUCCGCGCUUGAGACUUCGACGCCUAUUUACGACUCACUGCAUGCUGUGGCUGUGUGGGCGACUCAAGCCGUGGAUGACAGAGUAUCCCUUCUGCGAAACCCAACUGCCAAACUCUCCAAGGAGAUUGAAGAUGGGUUACCUUUCCUGGUUGUCGUGGGUGGCAAGUCUCUCGCUGCUCAUACCAUGACAAAGGAUAUCCUUUCCACUCUGGGGCAAAGAUUCUCAGAUCUGACUCACAUCGCGUCUAUCGAGUAUCUCGAGCCAGUUCUGACGCCCAACUGUACAGUCCUUAGCUUAACGGAGCUUGACGAGCCGUUUAUGAAGACCGUGACGGAGGACAAAAUGGACGGCUUCAAAAGCUUGGUCAAGGUUGCUAGAAACAUCCUCUGGGUCACCAAGGGAGCACGAUCUGAUGAGCCCUACUCGUACAUGAUGUACGGCAUCGGGCGUGUGGUCAAGUUUGAGCACCCCAACAUCAACCUUCAGUUCUUGGAUAUCGACGCUAUCAACGGUGAGAGCGCUGCCUUCAUCACCAACAGCCUCUUGCAGCACCAGAUCCUGGACCACUUCCACCGCACAGGUGACUCUGAUGAGUUCAUGUGGUCCUCAGAACCCGAGAUCUUCUUCGAAAAGGGCGAGGCCUACAUCCCACGUCUUUACCUCAACGAGAAGCAAAACAUGAGGAUUAACUCGUCCAGAAGAGCUGUCAUGGCCGAUAUCGAUCCGGAGAAAUCGGUACUGCGUCUUGUGCCUUCGGACAAUUCGUUGCAAGUCGAGCAAGUUGGUGACCUUGAGCUUAUGGCUGAUGGCAAUGGCAACGCGAAUUCCCAGGGCUUCCUCCGCGUUCAACAGUCACUGCUGCAGUUUAUCAAUGUUCCCAAUGUUGGAAACCUGAUGCUUGCCGUUUGCAGAACUCACGAGAACAAGGUUGUCCUGGCGCUUCUAAGCAAAGCACAGUCUCCUAGCCCGAUUCAAGACUCAUGCUUCACCAGUAUCCCCGACUCUGCUGAACUCAGCAAGGUCAUCCUGAUCUCAGUUGCAUCUCAUUUCAUUGGCCGCCAGAUCGUAUCCCGAGCUGAAAGAGGUGAGACGAUCCUUCUUCACGAGUGCGAUCCUAUCCUCAAGUCGGCUAUUUCCAUACAAGCGCAAAAAGCUGGCGUUGAGAUCCAGUUCACCACCUGUGAGAGUCAGAGACGUAGCAACGACUUGGUACACAUUCACCCCGAGACACCAUUGCGCACUUUGAGGAGCGGUCUCCCCAGCAACGUGUCUGUCUUUGUCGACUUCUCGGUUGCGGACACCCCUAGCAAGAACGUAGCGAAGAACAUGGCUAGCCUACUGCCUCCUUAUGCAGCUCAUCUGCAAGCAAGCGACCUAUUGGGUGGCAGCCCUUUCAUGAGACCUGGAGCUGCUCUGAACGAUGCCCAGGAGAGCCUUGAGGCUGCUUGGGCAGAUGCCUCAGCCAACAGCGUAGUUACCGAUGGUGUCACUGACAUCCAGCUCGCCAACAUUGCUUCCCAUAAACCAAAUCAGGAGCCUGUUUCUAUGGUCGAUUGGACCGCCUCGUCUGUCUCCGUCCGUGUUCGGCCCAUUGACCACACGAAUGUGCUCAGUCCAGACAAGACCUACCUGCUUGUCGGUCUUUCAGGAGAGGUUGGCCAGUCACUCUGCCAAUGGAUGGUAAGUCGCGGCGCAAGGAACAUCGUCUUGACCAGUCGUAAACCCCAGGUCGACCCUGACUUUAUUCACAACCUCGAGAAGAAGGGCGCAGAUAUUCGUGCCAUAGCUCUCGAUAUCACCAGUAGAGACUCGCUCAAGAGAUGUCUUGAUACCAUCAAACGCACUAUGCCUGCAAUUGGUGGUAUUGCUCACGGUGCCCUUAUCCUUUCAGACUCUCCGUUCGAGGACAUGACGUUAGAGCAAAUGAUCAAGGUCUUGAAACCCAAGGUUGAGGGUAGCCAGAUGCUCGACGACUUUUUCCACGACGCCCAGCUCGACUUCUUCAUCAUGUUCUCGUCCUUAACUGCCUGUCUGGGCAAUAGUGGCCAGAGCAACUAUGCGGCUGCCAACCUUUACAUGACGAGCCUCGCGUUCCAACGCCGCAAGCGAGGUAUAGCAGCUUCCGUGAUCGGCCUGAGUUCUCUGAUGGGUAUUGGACAUGUUGGAAGGUCUGAUAUCUAUGAUACCGCCUACUUCAAGAGCCUUGGUGCCACGAGCGUGUCGGAGACAGAUCUGCAUGCCAUGUUUGCCGAGGCCAUCAACGCUGGUCUGCCCACUUCUCUCGAGAGUCCUGAGGUUGUGACUGGCAUGAGUCCCCUGACGCUGCGUGAGCUCGAAAGCACAAUUGUCCCGUACCGUCGUGACCUCAAGUUUGGACAUCUUGUUAUCCAAGAGUCCAUCAAUCUGGGACAGGCCACGUUUGGUGCUGCGGUCUCUGUCCGAGCUCAGCUCAAGAGUGUCAAGACUGUUGCCGAGGCCAAGAAGGUGCUAACAGAUUCGUUCAUCACCAAGGUCAAGAAGGUCUUGCACAUGCCAGAGACCGACGACAUCCACCCCGAAGACUCCCUGGUCCAGCAUGGUGUUGACUCGCUCGUCGCCUUGGAUAUUCGUGCCUGGUUUGUACAGGAGCUGGAGGUGGAUAUGCCCGUCAUCAAGAUUCUGGGAGGAGCCGCCAUCUCCGCUCACAUCGGUGAGAGCAUGGAAAAGAUACCAGCUUCAAUCCUCGAUAUCAGCACCCUCAGCACACAAGAUGUCAUAGAGCCACCCAAGAGCCAGGAUAUGGUAACAGCUGCCUCGGUCGACAAGACUGAGCUUUCUCAGAGACUAAACAACCUCUCUGUGAACGUCAUCGAGGAGGGCCUUACACCCGGCGAAUCCUUUGCCAAUACCCCAUUCUUCAGUCCGGCUGCCAACACAGAGCAGGAAUCAGCCUCUGUGACUGACUUGAGCGAGCAGCUAAGUUCAGAAUGCGGCGACAUGGCCGAGUCACAUGACGAGAUCAAGGAGCGCAUGUCCUUCGCUCACACCCGUUUCUGGUUCCUUCAGCACGCCUUGGCCGACAAGAGCACCUUCAACGUGGCACUAUCUAUCAAGCUCAUCGGAACUCUAGACAUUGAGCGUCUCAACCAGGCUCUUCGAGCGGUGGCUCAAAGACAUGAGGCCAUGCGCACCCGUUUCUUCUGGUCAGGGGACAACGACUCUGUGCCAAUGCAAGGCAUCUUGUCCCACUCUAAGAUCAAUCUGGAACAUCGCAAUAUUUCCAGUGAGGCUGAGGUGCAUGACGUCCUUGAGGAGCUACGCUCGCACGAGUGGGACUUUAGCAACUGGGUGCCCUUCAGAUUCGAGGUGCUGUCUUUGUCUAACGAGACGCACUGGCUCCUUUUUGGCAGCCAUCAUAUUACUCACGACGGCGUUAGUAUUCAACUCAUCUGGGACGACCUUGAAAAAGCAUAUCUUGGCCAGACGCUCGAGCCACUUCCUGAGGCCUCUCAAUACCGUACCUACUCUUCUCUGCAGUACAAGAUGCACGAGGACGGUCAAUUCCAAAAGGACAUUGAUUUCUACCGCAAGAUGAUCCCUUCUAACGUCCAGCCUAUUUCUUUACUUCCAUUUUCCAUGGUCAAAUCACGAAAGCCACAGGACUUGUAUAGCUGCCAUCGAUCCGAUGUCCGACUCGACGCUGCCACCACUUCACGUAUCAAGCAGAUUGCCCGAGCGAACCAAAGCACCAACUUCCACCUCUACAUGGCUGUGCUCCAGUCCCUCCUCUUCAGGCUGCUGCCCGACACAAACGAGGUGUUUAUCGGAAUGGCCGAUGCCAACCGCUCUACAAUGGACUUUGCCUCGACGGUGGGCAUGUUCCUCAACCUCCUGACUGUCCGCUUUGACAGGCCAUCAGCCAAGUCCAAGUUCAGCACCUCUAUCAAAUCUGCCAGGAAUAAGGUCUACUUCAGCCUCGAGCAUUCAGCUGUCCCUCUCGACGUCCUUCUUACCGAACUUGGUAUUGAUCGCACAGGAACUGCUGCCCCCAUCUUCCAGGUCUUCCUUGACUACCGACAAGGUACCCAAGAACGAGCUACCUUUGCCGGCUGCAAAGCAGAAGCCCACGCAUGGCAUCACCCGCGCACCGGCUACGACAUCUCCCUCGAUAUCUUGGAGAACAACGACGGCAACACCCUUCUCACUAUGCAGCUGCAAAAGUCCCUCUAUUCUCAAGAGCACAGCGACCUCCUGCUGAGAACAUACGUACACUUCCUCAAGGUUUUCACCGCCGACAUCGCCAAAGAUGCUCUUCUGGGCGAACCCACCACCUGGCCUGCCCAAGAUAUCUCCACAGCCCUACAGCUUGGAAAGGGCCCGGAUCGCGAGUUGCAAUGGCCCCAGACAAUCUCUCAUAGGAUUGACCAAGUUAUUGCUGAUCACGGUUCGGACCUUGCUCUGAAGGAUGGUAGAGGCCGCAGUCUCACCUAUAAGGACAUGGAUUCCCGUGUUAAUGCUAUUGCUCACACCUUGCUGGCUGCUGGUGUCAGCGAGGGAGACGUGGUCGGUGUCUUCCAGGAGCCAGCAUCGGAAUGGGCCUGCUCUAUGCUGGCAGUAUUACGUAUCGGUGCUACCUAUCUUCCCAUGGACCUACGCAACUCGGUCCAUCGCAUGCGAGCUGCGGUAACCGCGACUAGCCCAAAGGUCCUCCUUGUGGAUAACACGACCUCUCACGCUGUCCCACAACUCGGUACUGACAUUCCCAUCAUUUCUGUUGAAGACAUCAAAAGAAACAACAGCCAAGUCAACGUCAAGACAGUCGCCAAGCCCGAAGGAAUAGCUGCUAUUCUCUUCACCAGCGGAUCCACGGGUGAGCCCAAGGGUAUCAUGGUCAGACACUCAAACCUGGCGGCCCAUAACGAAGGAUACUCGGCAUCGUUCAGCGGAGAAUUGGUCAGGGUUCUACAACAGGCCCCUCUCAGCUUUGACUUUUCCAUCUGCCAGACCAUCCUCGCUCUUUGCACUGGCGGCUGUCUCUGCAUCGCGCCGUCGGAGAUCCGAGGCGAUCCUGAGGAAAUGACUCGAAUGAUGUUGGACGAGGGCAUCACGCAUGCAUCGGGCACCCCGUCUGAGUUUGAGAUGUGGUUCAAGUUCAACCGUGACCAGCUGGCCAAGUGCACGGAGUGGAGGGCAACGCUUCUUGGUGGAGAGCCUAUAAGUGAAGAGUUGGUGUCCGAGUUCAAUGGUCUCAACUUGCCCAAUCUUCGCGUGGUGAAUAACUACGGCCCCUGUGAGACUACCAUCAGUGCUGUUACUGGCGGUGAGAUUCCUCUUGAUGGUCUUAUGUCCGCCAUCCAUCUCCCAGCUGGAAAGGCAGCGCCCAACUACUCCAUCUACAUUAUGGAUGAUCACAGAAACAUCCAACCUGCUGGCGUUCCUGGUGAGAUUGUUAUUGGUGGUGCCGCUGUCACCGCAGGCUACCUGGGACUCGAUGCCGCUACAAAAGCCAAGUUCGUCCCAAACCCCCAUGCCAACUCUGAUGAGAGCUUUAGCCGUAAUGGCUGGACCACGAUGUACUGCACAGGUGACCGUGGUCGUCUCGGUCCCGACGGAUCGCUUUAUGUCGAAGGCCGCAUCGAGGGCGACACGCAGAUUAAGCUUCGGGGGUUCCGCAUCGAGAUUGGAGAGGUUGAAGAUGCCAUCGUCGAGGCCUCCAAUGGAGCCAUCUCCCACGCGAUCGUCACUCUCAGGGAGGACGGUGGAAAGUUCCUCGCGGCUCAUGUCAUCUUCUCCCGACACUACCCAGAGCGCAGUCGUCAGGACUUCCUCAGAGGCCUACAGGCCACUCUUCCCCUGCCCGACUAUAUGCGCCCGUCUAUCAUUGUCCCCGUUGACGCGCUUCCACUGACUGUACACCACAAGAUUAACCGCAAGGCAGUUUCCCAAAUGCCCAUUGACUCGUUCAGCUGUGAACAGGUUGUCGAAAUCGCUCCUUCGUCUCGCGAGUUAAACCCGAUCGAAGCAAGGCUGGAGGAAAUGUGGAGGGACAUCAUCCCAACACUUGCCGGUCGCGAUAUUACCCAUGAAUCCGACUUCUUCCACGUCGGUGGAAGUUCUCUACUACUGGUACAGCUGCAGCGUCUCAUCAAGAAGGUUUUCCAAGCUGCACCUAGGCUUAACGAACUGAUGAUUGCAUCCAAACUGCAAGAUAUGGCAUCCACGGUCAAAGCCAACAUGUCAUCAAUAAUUGAUUGGGAAAUCGAGACUGCGAUUCCCGAUAAAUGGGAGACUCUGUUUCCUCUCGACACAGCUCUUGCGUCUUCCCGUCCCAGAACAAGGUCCGGACUGAGGAUUCUGGUCACAGGUGCCACUGGCUAUGUCGGUCGCUUCCUGAUGCCUCAGCUUGCCGCAUCAGACAAGGUCGAGAAGCUGUUCUGCCUUGUCCGCCCUGAGACCGAUUCAGAGAAACUACGAUCCAUCUCGGACAAGGUGGAGGUAUUCGCCGCUGACCUGUCUCUCCCCAAUCUUGCCUUAUCCGACGCCGAAAAGGCUUUCCUCACAUCUAACGCUGACUUGAUCCUCCACGUCGGCGCCAACCGCGCUUUCUGGGACGACUACGAAGUUCUACGCCCUGUAAACCUCGAGUCUGUCAAGGAGCUGGCCAUGAUUGCGCUACCGCGCCGCGUACCUGUGCACUUCUUCUCCUCCGGGUCGAAACGAAUUUACAGCGGGAAGCGCGAGGGCCAUGAUAUCUACAACGUCGAGCAAGUGGAUGAAUAUCGCUCUACGCCCCCUCAGGAUGGCACCGACGGCUAUGUCGCAUCCAAGUGGGCGGCGGAAACUUUCCUCUUGCGCGUGGCAGAGAAGUUCCAGCUACCUGUGACACUACACACUCCUAUGCCCACACCUGACCAUGGGCCCGAGGGAACGCUGGCUAAGCCUGAGCCUGACCAGAUGGUCAAGGAACUAGUCGACAUCACUGUCAGCCUUGGUGUACGCCCGACUAUGGAAGGGCUCGCAGGCUGGGCUGAUAUUCUUCCUAUCUCUACAGUUGUGCAAGACGUCUGCGGUGCCAUUUUUGCCGGCGAUUCUGAACCUACACCCGGCGUGGCGAGGAUCUUCCACACGGGUGCGCAGCGGAUGAACUGGCAACGAUUUAUCGCCGAGUUAAAGACGAACCCAAGAAUUUCUGAUUUGCCAAGCAUGGACACCCUCCUGUGGAUCGGGGAUGCUAAGAGGUCUGGAUUCAGCUUUUUUAUGCCGUCCCAUCGGCUGAUUGUACUUGGAGAGAGUGGGAAUAUUGUCUCUAGACGAUAG